AUGCAUCGAUUGCCGCCCGACACGGCCUGCCGUGUCCGGGCCAGUGCUCGGCUGCCGACGCUCGAGUGUGUGGUGCAUGAGCUUGUGGCUCGUGCGGUCGAGGCGGGUGCGCGGCGCGUGCAUGUCGAUGUAGACUUGCAGGCGUGGCGCGUCGUGUGUAUGGAUGAUGGACAGGGCGAUGUGGAUGCAUGGGAGUUGCGGCCUGAUGCGCAUGGACUGCGCCAUACGCCGCCUAUGGCGUGCCUGCCGUGGCUCAGCCUGCUUGAAGUGCAUGGGCAGAGGCGUAUGCUUGUACAGAGGGAGCAUCGCGUCCUGCAUCGCGGUCCGUCGAAGCAUCGCGAUACGCGCGUUGUCUUGCAUGACGUGUUCGGCGGUGUGCCCGUCCGGCGGCGGUACCUCGCACGCCGACGCCAGCGUACGAUGCAUCGACUGCGCAUGCGGCUAUAUGCAUGGGCGCAUGCGCGUCCGUCGGUGCGUAUCACGGGCCUCGGCCUCCGUGACGCCGUGCCGGCGGGGCGGAGCAUACACGCCUCGCUCACGUUUCGGACGAGGCAAGACGAGGCGUGGACCGCGACGCUCGACGGCACGGUGGGAGAUGCUCGUGCCUAUCAUUUCGUGGCGCUGAACGGCACGCCGCAUGGCUUUGCAUGCCGUGAUGACGUGCCGUGGAGCGGCUCGUGGUGGACGCCGCUGUAUGGCGUACUGCGGUCGUCGUUUGCGCUGCGCCUCGAGGUGCACCGCGCGCAGACGCUGCCGGAACUUGUGCUGCCUGGAUGGACAGCCUUGUGGGAGCGCCUGUGCCAGGCGCCGCCCGUGCCGCGCGCGCAAGGACCGCGUGCGGUGCCGCUGAUGACGCGCGAGCCCACAGCGUCGCUCGUGUUGCCUGCAUCGCUCGAUCGCGUGCGUGCGAUUGCGCAGGUGGACAACAAGUACGUGCUGUGCCUGUGCGAUGCGUCGCUGCUAUGUGUGGAUCAGCACGCCGUCGACGAGCGCAUCCGAAUGGAACGCGACCUGACCGCCUAUGUCAUGGCCUGUCUUGGCGGCGAGGGACACAGCCGCGCGAUCGAGCCGUGCACGGUCCCUUUGCCCGCGCACGUCGUCGAGACCCUGAGGUUCUGGGGCUGGGACGCGGUGCGUGGCCACGACGACACAUGGCACGUGCGCGCUGUGCCGGCCAUCGUCCCACGGCACGCUGAUGUCGCCCAGGUCGUGACGCAGUGUGCUACAUGGACGGCCGAGCAUGCGGACGACAUACGCACAUGGCUGCGCACGGCGAUGCACGCGCAGCACGGUGCGAUGAGUGCGCUGCGGUACCUUCCGCCCGUGCUGCGCGGCAUGCUCGCGUCGCACGCGUGCCAUACGGCGCUCCGCUUCGAGCAGUCCCUGUCACGUGAACAGUGUGAUCAGCUCGUGGCGCAGUGGCGGCACACGACGCUGCCGUUCGUGUGCGCGCACCAUCGCCCGUCGGCGGUGUGCGUGGCGCGCGUCCCCGCCGCUGGACCGACGCCGUUCCCUGUGCGUUGGCACGUGCUCAGCCAGCUGGCGUGA